GACUAGACUAAAAGGCUAGUGACAGGGGGAGAAGGAGGUUCAGUGGCAGUUUAGAGAGAGGAUGGAAUGGAAUUUUAGUGGGAGAGGACAAGAGGUGCACUCACAACAUCCAAGGGCUGUAACACUGUUUAAGCCGCUGCAACAUCCUUCCAAACCGUCUAAUCCCCCAUCUCCAUCCAAUCGUUGGACUUAGUGAUUGAAACAUCGCCGGAGGCUAAUCUUAAACGGAUAUUGGAUCUGGAACCUUUACAGUGCCUACUAAACAAUAACUCAUAAGCUGAUUAGGUCUUGCAGUGUACAGUAGCUUAAUCCAUAAUUGGAUAGAUUGGGGUUACAUUUUAAAUCGCAAGAGUGGUUUAAAUGAGAUUUUAACAAAUCAGAAUUUUCCAAUCACUACUUAAUAAUGAUUACAAUCCAUAAAAGUAAAGUAUCAGCUCCUAAUAACCUCAACUCCGGGGGGUGGGAGGGGGGUUUGAAGCGAUGCAAACUUAACCAAUCCUUACUUCAAAGUGAUUAGAACCAAUCCAAACUUGGUAAUCUGAGGAAGAAAAAGCGGAUUCUUUCAUAACGUCAGAACAAUGAUUUCAGAAAAAGGUAGUGGGUGUGCGCGUAGGAGGAGGUUACUGAUGCUGGUGAGUGCAGCGGUUCUUAUUACCUUGUUCCUGCUGUACUCAACCCUCUACACAGCUCCAGCACCACUGGCCAUCCCCUACAGGGGUGAUGACGCUACUCACAACGAAGAAUGUUCAAAGGACACUAAGUCACGAGAAAGUUCACCUCGCUUAUGUCCUCCUUGCCUUACACCCACCCAUCAACAUUCUCCACACGAAGGUUCACCCGAGUCCCUGCAAGUGGCGUACCGUAGACGACUAGCUGGCACCCUCGCUAAUAUUCACCGUCAAAUAGCUCGUCUGGCAGGUAUAUCCGCUGUGGUAGACGCCAAAUGGGCCCUAACACUUGGCGCCCUUAUAGAGGAGCUGGACCCGAGGAUAGAGGCCUCGACCAACGCCUCUUCCUGGGACUAUUCCGCCAGACUCCCGGACAUGGGCCCCGCGCCGCCCCUCCCCGGUAGGACCCGACACGUGUGUCCUGAGGUGUAUUUUGGACGGCGUUAUGAUAAACCCUUCCAUCAACACGGUAUGGAGCCAGAGAACUGCACAUAUGUGCCACCAUUCAACAGUGUUCUCACAGCUGUGCUACCAGCCAUGUCUUGGCCACCACACACCACCAACUUCGUCAUCACCCAAAUAAGAAGAUGGUACGACAUACCCAUCCUUGCCUUAGUACCUGAAAAUUCACUUGUUGACACAAACGUAAACAAUGUCAGAUUUUUAAGUUCUCGGAAGAAAUCAUCUGAUGCAACUCUUCUCAACGCUGUUGUGAAGAAGGUAACAACACCGUAUGUGUUCAUGGGAACGUCACUGGCACACUUCAGCAACCAGUCGUCCCUGGAGCGGCUGGUAAGGGUCCUGGAUGAGCUGGAACAUGUGAAGGUGGCCGGGGGUGCUGCCAGGGACCUCCAAGGUCACUGGAUUCAUGGUUGUCUGCAGCAGCGCAUGGCAGACUACCAAGCCACCUACACCAUGGGUUACUAUUACUCUAAAUAUGAGUGUAUGUACUGUGAUGAUGUGUUGACGCCUUUUAUCACUACUGUCAAGCUGGUCAACAAAGUGGCCUUCACUAGCAGCCUCAGCGGCCCAGCCGUGUAUCGUGACUGGUUGGCCAAGGUACGUGAAGCGGGCCACUUAACCAUGGUGUGUCCUGACGUCAUGUUCUUCCUCACUAAUCACGUCAACAUGACCAGUGAAGACUGGCUGCCUAUGGCGCGUCACUGGGCUCUCCAGAAGGUGUCUUACAACGGUAAAAGUUUUACAUUCACCUGCAAACAAAUCAAUAUCAGCUGCAAUAACACUCUCUCAGUCACGAAAUCCUUCCUGCUGCCGCCCUGUUGUGUUGAUAUCGCUCAUAGGGAACUGGACAUAAUGAUGGAUUUGGCUGAGGAAAAUGGCCUUCAGUAUGAACUGCAGGCGGGGUCAGUUUUGGGAGCUGUCAAAUUCGGCUCCUACCUUCCCUGGGACACCGACCACGACAUCUACAUCGAGUGUGACGACUUCAAGACUUGGUACAAGAAAUUCAGUACCGUCGCCAAGACCAUGAACUGCCUUCUAAAGAUCAGAUACAAGAAGACCUUCCUAAAGAUAGUGUGUCUGUCCUUCACUCUAGACAUGUUGUGUAGAAAUGUACUCAGUAAACAGUUCCUCCCGGCCGAGUACCUCUCCACCCCGACCUCUAUCUGGUACUCUGGUCGGUGGGUUAAAGUGAGCGCCAAUCCGGGUCUCUUCAGUAGGAACUCUAUGGGGCUGGAGGUCCUCAAACAUCAGCAACACCCAGCCCACCUGCGAGGCAACAACUACACCCGGCCUGGCACCUGGUUGUCCUGUAGGUCACCACAACACCACUCAUGCCUCGACCACUUCCCUGCUGAUGGAAACCUUCACUUUUCUAUUUUAACGUAAUUUAACUGAUGAUAAAUAAUUCAUAUGAGAAAUCUCUCAUGUUCUCCCAACGGUCUCCCAUGUUCUUCUGUCACAAACUAAGAUAAAACAUCAAUAAUUCGCCUAACCAAAGAUCAGUAGGUUAUAGUUAUGUAUCACCCGAAGAGCAAACACCCCAGCUUAUUUCACUUGUUGUUUAAAAACCCGAAAGGUAACCUAACCUAUCGUUAACCUAACCUAACC